CUGUUCGUGUGAAGGGUUAUCGUCUUUUUUCUUUUCUUUUGGGUUUUUCUGGAAGUUGGUGUCAGAAUUUUCCUUUUUUCUUUUAUGGCGUUGCCCCGGAGAAGAAUUGUUAUUCAGAUUCUGUUGGCUAUGAGGGAUUUCCUGAUCGUUGAUAAUUCCAUUGUAAACCUUGGAUUGAGUGUUUUGAAUCUGUGUUUUUUUAGUUAAAAGAUCCUGGAAACAUGUGGUACAGAGAAAUAGCUUGCUGUGGCAGCUACGUGAUCCUAGGGGGACAAGGAUGUCUAUGUCUUAAGGAACUUGUGAUCAUGUCUUUGUAGGAGAGAAGAUGCUUGUCGUUUAUUGACUUUUCCCUGUAUCUUGUAUGUAUAAGCUGAUAUGGAACCACCUGUGCAAGCCAGCUUCUGAGGCUUUACUUAGAAGUCUCAUUAGCCAUGUUCUCUUGGAUAUGCCCUUUUGGCAUGUCGGGCAAGCAAUUGUCUUUUUAUUCGAUUAUCUGGCUUAUCUUUCUCUGGCUGAUUCACUAUCCUGAAAAUACAUUUGUGUGUAUGUAUAUACGUUGACAUAGUUUCUAUACAACUUAUGCAUCUAUGUUAUAAUCCUACGUCGGAACAAUAGUGCCAUCCUGUCUCGUUAUGUUGGGAACAAGAGCAGCUACAUUGUGUUGAAGCUUCUCCUUGUCAAUACGAGCGUUCUUGGUCUAUAGAAAAUAUGGAUAUCAGAGGAAUAACCUGGGUUGGGAAUGUGUACCAGAAGUUUGAAGCCAUGUGCUUGGAGGUUGAAGAAAUUAUUGUCCAGGAUACAGUAAAGUACGUUGAGAAUCAAGUUCAAACGGUUGGAGCCACCGUCAAGAAAUUCUACUCGGAUGUGGUUCAAGAGUUGCUUCUCGAAUCCUCUCUAGAUUCUGGAAAACCUCUACCCCCUUCUAUGUUACAUGAAUAUGCCCCGGUUUGUUCCUUCACAAAGAAAAAAGAAAGCACAGAUGAAGAACAGGCCACAGGUAUUCAGAGAGAACACUUAACCAAAGACGAAACAUGGGUUAUCCGUGAUCAGGAGAAGAGGGAUGGAUCAGCAAUGAAACUCCGUGGUCAUCACGCAGAUGAUUACAAUGUCUGUACUUCUCCAUGGCGGUUUAAUAAUGGCAGCGGUCUGUACAGAAGGACAAAGCUCGGUGCCAAACAAAUCUUUCGAAAAGAGAAGCUUCCCGGGGUCAAGAGGCCUUAUGUGGUUGAAAAAGAUUCAAGUUUAUCGACGGUUAAGAUGCCAGGUGAAAAGGAUAUUGACGCGGAAACAGUAAGCACAAAUGAUUCUCCAGCUGAAGUUGAAAGAUUCAUCUCCAGAAACGAACACAGCCUUACCGUAGUUGAUUCCAUCAGAAGUCAAAAUUCUGAAACCGAACAAGCUGUUGCUGCAAGUGCACCUACAGGCUCAGAUGAUUGCACAAAGGAAACAGAUGAAGGUUCAAUGGGCAUAGGCCGUGUUUCAGAGCAGAACACGGAGCUCAUCCAACUCCAUAGCCAAAGACUUGUUGAAGAAAGCUGUAUCCUCGUAGACAGAAACGAAGUUCAUUGCCUUGCUCCUCGCGGCAAGAAACAUGGCAAAACCAAAUCCUACAAGAAGAUCAGAGAAGCUGUAUACUCAAGAAUGAGGUCAUCCAGAGAACAGGAAUACAAGCGACUUGUGUGUCAAUGGUGCACCAAAGAUGCUGAAACCGGUCCAGAAUGCGGCAAUAACCGGACAAAAUUGGGAUUCGGUACGGAAGAUAACCGAUCAUUGGUUCAUCAUGAUGGUGAAUCCGACUGGGAACUUGUGUGAAAGCUUCGGGAGGCGUCACAUAAGUUGGACUUUGUAAAUAACAAAUAAUCUAAGGACCCGUUAAAGGGUUCCCACAAUAAUGAGUUAAGAGUUCAUUGAAUUUGGGCUUUUAUACAUGUUGGAAAGGGAGAACCAUCAUAGACACAUGUGGAUGUAUCAUAUCUGAUGAUGUUUCAAGCUGGUUGGAUCAUGAGUUUCAUCACUUUACCUGUAACCAACAAAAAAUCACAUCAAAUUCUACAUUUUUCAUGAUA